CAACUUAGAUGAGAGCAGCUGCAAAGGAAGACAGUGAAACAGAAGGAAAGUAAGAAAAGAAAGAAGUAUUAUGAGAUAAAUAUAUUACAAGGAGAAAGAGUGAAGUAAAAUCCCAGAGUGCCUCAGGGGGACGCUGUAAACAGACAUGAAUAAUCGCUCCAUCGCCUGGUGGCUGAGACAGAUCGGCCUUCCCCAGUACACCAAGACACUAGAAAGUGAAUAUUAUGGACUUGAGGUAUGUGAACGUGCAAAAUGCAUCUUGUGCUUGUGUGUGCUUGUCGAUACUUCUUUCAUUUGUUCUGUGCUUCAACCUUCACAGUGCUCAAUUUCUGUUCAUUUCUUUGCUCUCCUUUUUUCUCUGCAGGGUUUGUUGAACGUAAAUGAUGGAGAGCUGAGGGAUGCAGGCAUAGAGGAUGCGGCACACAGAGAAACCAUCCUCAAUCAGCUUUCAAGACACAGACAGAGACUGGACCCACACUCUGCUGUGCCGGUCCUAGAGCGCAGGGUGAGCCGAAAGUACUCCCUGGGAUCGUCUAUGGACCUGGUGAAGCCUAGGAAGGAUCUGUUUCGUCAGAGCGUUCUGCCCCGCCUCCAGCGAGCAGACAAAAAAAACCGCCUGUCUGUCUCCUGCUCGCAGCUCCGCCCCCUGAAUGAGGACAACAGUGACAGCAGGGAGGCCGUGACAGACUGCUGUCAGGACAGCAAACACAGCAAGAGGAGGAGUGUCAGUGCAUACCUCAGCCAGCUGAAGUUUUUUGGGGGUCGGAGAGAGAUGGACUCAUUGAAGAAGGAGUUGGAGGAGGAGCUGAAGCUCAGCACCGAGGACCUGAGGAGCCAUGCAUGGUACCAUGGACCGCUGACACGAGAGGCUGCGGAGUCUCUAUUUUCGAGGGAUGGUGACUUCCUGGUCCGAGACUCAAGCUCUGCCCCCGGCGACUAUGUUUUGAGCUGCUUUUGGAAGAACGGGCCCAUGCACUUUAAGAUCAUACGAGUGGUCCUUCGUCCCAAACAGGGCUACACUCGGGAGCUGUUCCAGUUUGAGGAGGAUCGCUUUGACAAUGUUCCCGCUCUGAUCCGGUUCUAUGUGGGCGGCCGUCGCUCCAUCUCCCAGGCCUCAGGUGCUGUGAUCUUUCACCCAAUCACACGGACCCUUCCUCUGCGUGUCAUCAUCGAGGGACAUGAGUCCAAAACCAGAAACAGCAGCAGAGGUGCAGGGGGAGAAAAGCACAUUGAACCCAGCAAAAGACGCAGCUUAAGCUCUACACACGCCGACACACUGCAGGUCAUCAAUCCGCUGCUAAGGAGUGGAAGUCAGCCUGCUAACUUGGAGAAUGUGGGACGGAGGCCUUCACUACAGUCUGCACAGUCUGAUAGCAACCUACGAACUGGUGUUCCACAGAGCACUCAGUCAGAGGACAUCAGCCCUGCCCCCAUCUCCCCAGUCUUUCGCACAGGCAGUGAACCCCUGCUGAGCCCACGGCCACGACACACGCGCCCUUCCCAUCCAGGCGGUGGCGUGACUUUACGAGGUUCAGAUGGACAGCUGCACCCCAGAGCUCCUCCUAAACCUCUCAGGGUCUCUGCUGUUUUCCCCAACGCUACACCUCCUCCACCCACAGACUCGGAUGAAGACCCCUCCUCUUUCUACACUGAGCUGGUCAUCCAGGUGCCACAGUCCCGACGGAAGGGCCAUGUGGACCGAUUACGUGCAGAGGAGAAGUGGCAGAGCCGUGCCCGCCUCACAGAAACUUCCUUUGGCUUCCUGGAGGCUCAGAAGAACGAGGCAUCAUCGCAGCUGCUGUUUGACAAAGAGCCGCAGAGGAAGGCAGCAGAGGAAAUGGACGACUGGCAUUUUGAACCGCCACAAAUGGAGUCAGGGUCAUGUUUCCAGUUGGAUCAGUUUGAGUCGCUGCUUCUACCGGAGAACAACCGACCUCUGGAGCCCAGUGUCCUGCUGGCACUCAAAGAACUUUUCAACCGCUCUGAUGCCAACACCACCGCUCUGCACAUGCUCAGUGUUGACUGCCAGGUAGCACGUAUCGUUGGGGUGACAGAUGAGCAGAAGAGGAUCAUGGGAGUUGAAUCAGGGCUGGAGCUUGUCACUCUGCCACAUGGACGCCAGUUACGACAGGAUUUGUUAGAAAGGCAUCAUCUAAUAGCACUGGGAGUCGCAGUGGACAUCCUUGGCUGCACGGGGACUGUAAGCCAGAGGGCAACUGUUUUACAUAAAGUAAUCUCAUUGGCUCAGGCCCUGAAAGAACACACCCACAACCUCUACUCCUUCUCAGCCGUGAUGAAGGCUCUGGAGAUGCCUCAGAUAAUGCGACUGCAGAUGACGUGGCGAGCGCUGAGGAGGAACCACACAGAGAGUGCAGUUUUAUUUGAGAAGAAACUUAAACCCUUCAUGAACUCGCUCAGUGAGGGAGACGAUUCUGUAGUUGAGGGUCCUGUAGCCGUGCCUCACCUUGUUCCUCUGCUGAUGCUGAUGGAGGGUGAGGACCCGGUCGAGAACAGCGACCAAGGCUGUCAGCAUCUCUACGACGUUCUCCAGUCAGCUCGCAGUGCUGCGCUGCACGCCCAAGAUUAUCAGAAGCACGCCCGCAGUCUGCUCACAGGAGGCUGGGAGCCAGUCCCUGAGCUGCUGGAGGCCUUCCGGACAGAGUUCGCCCUGCGGCUGCUCUGGGGUCAUUCGGGUGCAGCGGCCGACAGAAAAGAGCGCUACGAGAAGUUUGACAAAAUUCUUUGCGUUCUCUCCGAUAAACUGGAGCCCGUGGAAAUCACCCCACUACAGCCUGACCCUUUAGCCUGAGCCGCCGGUGAAAUCAGCAAACAAAGACCAAAGAUGUUUUGUGAGUUUUUGUGCGUCGAGGUACCAAAGGCAGAGAUCUGACCCCUGACAUCACGCAGACAUGGAGGGAGAAGUUAUUUUUUCCUUUCCAUGCAGAGAUGUGAGUGAACUGUUGUUGUCAAACGACAACUUUAACAUGUAAAAAAUUUAUUAUAUUUGUUAUGUGUGGAGAGACCUUCACUGUGAAAAGGGCUGCGUCUGAUUCAUUUUCCUUUUGCAGGAAAUCUGAAAUUGUUUACCCAAACACUUGCAACUGUACUUUUCAAAUGUGCAUUUUUGAUACUGGAGACUCCAAAGGAACAACAUGGACAUUUCAAACAUUAUUAAAACUGAGUUCAUUCCCUUUGAACUGCUGCUGUAAGGGACCACACUGGAAAUAGUUUUUUUUUUCACUUCAGUGUAUCUAAUGCAAUAAAUGAAUGUGUUUA